CGCUAUAUUUUGACAGCUAACUAGCUGAGCGAGCGCGCUCCACUUCACCGCUGACACUAAUCAGUGGAACCUCACUCGUAUCUUCACGUUUCGCUUUUGGUUUCUUUUUUUAAAACCGUGACACACUAAGCGUCACGGCGACACACAUACGCGCCCGUAUGGAGGAGACGUGGUCAACAUUAUUCCACGCGAGAAUGCUCGUUUGUGUAGUUAGCGAGCCAGCUAGCUAGGCAAAAGUUGAUAGCAUCAACGCUAGCCAGCUAGCUGCGAUAGAAGAGGACCUUCGCGAGCUGGCAUCGGAACCACGCGCCGUCGUCAGCCAUGGGAAUAUUAUUCACCAAACUAUGGAGGCUUUUUAAUCACCAAGAGCACAAAGUUAUUGUUGUGGGCCUGGACAACGCCGGCAAGACCACAAUACUUUACCAGUUUUCUAUGAACGAGGUGGUUCAUACGUCUCCAACCAUUGGAAGCAACGUGGAGGAGAUUGUCGUCAACAACACUCAUUUCCUCAUGUGGGACAUCGGGGGACAGGAGUCUCUUAGGUCUUCGUGGAAUACGUACUACACAAAUACAGAGUUUGUCAUCGUGGUGGUCGACAGCACAGACAGAGAAAGGAUCUCUGUGACCAAAGAAGAACUCUACAGAAUGUUAGCGCACGAAGAUUUAAAGAAGGCGGGACUGUUGAUCUUUGCCAACAAGCAGGAUGUGAAAGGCUGCAUGUCUGUGGCUGAGAUUUCACAGAGCCUGCAGCUCACGUCCAUCAAAGACCAUCAGUGGCACAUCCAGGCCUGCUGUGCCCUCACAGGGGAGGGGUUGUGCCAGGGUCUGGAGUGGAUGAUGUCACGGCUGCGCGUGAGAUGAUGACCUUUGACCUCUGUCAGGAGCGCGCCCCUUCACUCUCUCCGUCUCUCGCUCUCUUUGCCUCCAAUCGUGAGCUUGAAUUGAGGAUGGCGGGGAGGAGGAGGAGGGGGUGAGGUCAGUGGACGGACGGAUGUCCCCUCUGCUUCUUUUCCUGUGAAGUGGACACGCGGGGGGUCCAGCGGGCCAAACCGGGACGCUUUCCGUUCUCCUGUGAUAAUUUAUUUUACAAAAACAACACGCCCUUCUUCUGAAGGAACGACGGACGGACAAGAAACAGAGACUCAGAAUUAUUUAAAAUUGAAAACUUCUGCACGGUUUAUUAUUAUUUUUUCUUUUCAGAAAAAGACAAAACACAAGAGGUCAGCGCGCGUCUGCUGUGGAACUUACAGCGCGCCGACGCUCGCUCCUUCAGCCCAGCGUGGCCUUUCAGUAUUUGCCGGACUGACUGUGGCGAUUUUCAUCGCCCUCCUCUCUCCCGCUGUGUACAGUCCAGUAUUCUCUUUUAAUGUGGUGCCUGCAGCAGAAUGAUGAAGAUGAUGAAGAUGACGGUUGAUGGUGACUGAGAAGACACAGAAGAGAGGGGGAAAUCACAAACUCCGCCUUGUGUCGUUCAGUCUCUGUGAAAUAAUUGGUGAAAUAAAGUGUUUUUAUCUGUUUGA